UCAUCCUUGUUGACAGAUCAGUCACUCCGACAGCGUGGUGUAUUGUAAUUUCUUACCUGAAGAAAUCGGCACCAAUUAGGAAAUGGCCAAAGUCGAAAGGUUUGCUUUUCACGUUCCAAGUCUGGAAGAGCUUGCAGGGGUUUUGCAGAAAGGGCUCAAAGAAAACUUUGCUGAUGCUGAAGUUUCUGUUGUAGACUGUCCUGAUCUGACUCAGGAACCCUUCAACUUUCCAGCUAAAGGAAUCUGCGGAAAGCCUAGAAUAGCAGAUGUGGGAGGCGUUCCUUACCUCAUACCUGUUGUACAGAAAGAAAAAGUUUACGACCUAAAUACAGUUGCAAAAGACAUAGAGCUUCCUGGAGCUUUCAUCCUCGGAGCUGGAGCUGCUUCAUCUAAGAUUCUUGGAGUAAAUGCUGAGCUUAUCCCUAUUGUUCAAACUAAGAGUGAAAAAAAGCCUGCUGUAAACGGGAGCUACGUUGCUCAGAUAAAUCCUGCAGAUAAAGGGUGCCUCCUUGAGAAGUACAGCAGUAAAUAUACUGACUGCGAGUUUGGGCUGUUGGCCAACCUUUACGCCAGUGAGGGCCAACCUGGUAAGGUCAUUGAAGUGAAAGCCAAUGGAAGAACUGGGGAACUUAACUUUGUGUCUUGUCUGAGACAAAUUUUAGAGAAACACUAUGGAGAAAAGCCAGUUGGGAUGGGUGGUACCUUUGUCAUUCAGAAAGGGAAAGCAAAGAUUCACAUUAUGCCUCCAGAAUUUUCUGCCUGUCCUCUGAACACCGAUGAAGAUGUGAAUAACUGGCUGAAAUUCUUUGAAAUGAAGGCUCCACUGAUUUGUCAGACAGUAAUAGUUUCCAGAGAUCCAGGCUUUGAUCUGCGCGUAGAGCACACCCACUGUUUCAGCCACCAUGGGGAAGGAGGACACUACCACCAGGACACCAGCCCAGACAGUGUGCGGUACCUGGGGUACCUCCUGCCCGCCGAGCUGCUCUUCCGCAUCGACCGGCCCCAGGAGACGCACCUCGUCGGGAGAGACUGA